AUGGGUCGCGUCCGAACUAAGACCGUCAAGAAGUCCGCCAAGGUCAUCAUUGAGCGUUACUACCCCAAGUUGUCGCUGGACUUCGAGACCAACAAGAGGAUCUGUGAUGAGAUCGCCAUCAUUGCCUCCAAGAGGCUCCGAAACAAGAUUGCCGGAUACACCACUCACUUGAUGAAGCGUAUCCAGCGCGGUCCCGUUCGUGGUAUUUCCUUCAAGCUCCAAGAAGAGGAGCGUGAGCGAAAGGACCAGUACGUCCCCGAGAUCUCCGCUCUCGACUUCACCCAGAACAGCGAGUCCGGCUCGCUCGACGUCGACCAGGAGACCAAGGACCUCCUCAAGUCCAUGGGCUUCGACAGCAUCCCCACCAACGUUAUUGCCGUUUCCCAACAACAAGUUGUCGAGCGCGGUCCCCGCCGCUUCAACGACCGCCCCGCCCGCUCGUAG